AUGAAUGAUGCGCAGGUGGUGUGUAGACAGCUUAGAUGUGGUAAUGCUGUCAGUGCACCUCAAAGUGCCUACUUUGGUCAGGGAAGUGGCCCAAUAUGGCUGGAUGAUGUUCAGUGUUCUGGAAGUGAAAGCGCCAUCACACAGUGCUCUCAUUAUGGAUUUGGAAACCACAACUGUGGCCAUGGUGAAGAUGCUGGUGUUACUUGCUCAGCGCGUAACCCGAUCAGGCUGGUGAAUGGUUCAAUCUGUUGUGGUCGAGUGGAGAUCCAGCACAAUGGCCGUUGGGGAACAGUGUGUGAUGAUGAUUGGGACUUAAAGGAUGCAGAGGUGGUGUGUAGACAGCUUGGAUGUGGUAAAGCCAUCAGCGCUCCUAGUAAUGCCCGCUUUGGUCAGGGAAGUGAACCAACCUGGCUGGAUGAUGUUCGGUGUACUGGAACUGAGAGCUCCAUAGAUCACUGCUCACACAGCGGAUUUGGAGUAGAGGACUGUAAACAUUAUGAAGAUGCUGGAGUCGUGUGCUUAAACCUGCAGACUCCCACAUUGACUCGGAUCUCUCCAAACUCUGUGGUCUCACCUGGAGAACUCCUUCAGUUCAGAUGUACCACACCCAGCCCAACAUGCAUCUCUGUGGACUUCACUUUGUAUAAAGAUGGGACUUCAAUAAAGAAGCAAACUGCAGUGUCAACAACAACAUUUAAUCUGACUGUAGAUGCGUCACAUCAGGGCCAGUACACCUGUGACUACUCAUACAGGGAAAGUAACUCCAUAUCAUCCAGGAGCACCUCCUUUAACAUCACUGUGGUAAACCUGCAGCAGCCUAAUAUCUCCUUCAGUGCUGUUGGUGGACCAGAAGUGACAAGGGGCUAUGGCUUCUCCAUCAUCUGCUCAACUGAACCUCAGUAUCCAGACGGUUCCUUCCACUUGAAGUUCAGUGGAUCCAACAUCACCAGAACUCAGUCAGCUGUUAAUCACUCAGCCGUCUUCCUGUUUCCUGAGGCGGAUUUUGUCCUUCAGGGAAACUACAGCUGUACUUAUGAAGUUAACGUGUCCUCACGCACCUUUACCUCUACUACCACUCAGCUCCUGUUCAUCACUGAGAAAGCAUCUCUGGCUCCCUACAUUGGUGUUGGAUUGACAGCAGGACUGCUUCUCAUCGCAGUCAUCAUUUGCUUUGUGAAGACACAAAAAAGACGAAAAUGUCAGAUGGAUAAGAAGAAGGAUACACAGUGUGCCAGAAACACAUAUGACAGUCCCCAAGGAGAGAUUGAGACAGAUGAUGAAGACGUUUAUGAAAACACAGAAACUAUUUUCCCCCGGAAGGACGAUUCAGACAACUCUGAAAACGACCAAACUGAUUUCAAUGCUCAUGAACAAAGAAGUGAUGUGGACAAUGACAAUGAGGAUGCAGAAAUUUAUGCAAACUGUGAAGAGUAGUGCUGAGAACUAAACAAUUAUCCAAUAUCUACAGUCCACAAAUAAUAACAUGGUUAAUUUGGAUAAUCUUCCAUUGUUAAGAUAUUAUUAUUUUCUAGUUGUUUUAAAUAACACAGAUUUUAGAAUCAGUUUGUUUUCAUCUGUUUAGUCUGUUUAGAUGUUACUAUAUCAAAACUUUUAUUUUCAUUUUCUUACUAGUUUAUUGUUACCCGUUUAUCUCACUGCUACUUGACAUUAAAAUGGUUUAGGGAUUCAAUACAAUUUCCUACUUUUUCAUUUUGUAUUUUUGCCUUAAAUAUUGAAAUGCAUCAAGAUUUAAAUUCUACAUCACUAUUUUCCAUAAACUGAUGACAAAUGCAGAAAUGAGAAAAUAAUGAUAGGGUCACCUGAAAUUUAGAUUUUCAUUCUUAUAUCAAUUCAAUUCAAUUUUAUUUGUAUAGCGCUUUUAACAAUGGACAUUGUCACAAAGCAGCUUUACAGAAAUAAAUCGAUUCACAAAAAAAGAUAUAUAGUAAAUAUGUGAAUUUAUUCCUGUGAAUUUAUCCCUAAUGAGCAAGCCAGAGGGCGACGGUGGCAAGGAAAAACUCCCUGAGAUGAUAUGAGGAAGAAACCUUGAGAGGAACCAGGCUCAAAAGGGAACCCAUCCUCAUCUGGGCACAACGGAUAGUGCAAUUAUAAAUAAAUCCAUUCUAUUAUUGUGUACUAUAUGGACAAAUACCACUCCUAAACUUCCAAAACAUUC